UCAUCUUCUAUUCCUACCCCAGACCAAAUGGAGGAGCAGCAGCCAGUAGAAGAUAUGGGAACCAUCAAUAAUACUAUUCCUGAUGAACUCAUCUUUGAAAUCCUCUCAAGGCUUCCAGUCAAGUCCCUCUUGAGGUUCAGGUGCGUUUCAAAAUCUUGGCUUUCCUUAAUCUCUAGCUCGGAAUUCAUUAAAGCCCAUCUCGAGAAAUCGUUAAAUGAGGAUGACUACAAUCGCCAUAAGCUCCUUUUCAUUUCUGAUAGAAUUUUCAAGAAUUGUUCUCUGAAUCCUGCACUGAAUGCAUCCAAGACUCCCAGUACUGAGACAAGCGCAAAUAUUGUUGACAAUCCCAUGAGAUUCAACCGUGGUAGUUUGCCUUAUAUUGUGGGUUCUUGUAAUGGUUUGGUAUGCAUCAAAAGUCCUCGAAAUCGACUGUAUUUCUGGAACCCUGCAACAAGAAAAUCUAAAAGGUUGCCCAAGUUUGGUAGCAAAACUGUGCACAAUAAUUGGUGGGACUCUUUAUUUUGUUAUGGCUUUGGAUAUGAUGAGUCUAAUGAGGAUUACAAGGUAGUUGGGGUGUCGUUUGUAAAUGUUUCUGAUGUUUUCGGUACAGAAAUCCGGGUUAAGGUGUAUAGUCUAAAAGGUAAUUCGUGGAGGAGGAUUCAGGAGGAUUUUAAGGUGGGUGAUAUGAAUGAAUAUGGUUGCUUUGCAAAUGGAAAGCUCCACUGGGUCUCGAAUCGUAUUCCUGGCUCUGAUGACGUACGGAAAAUUAUUAGUUUUGAUUUGGCGAGCGAGGCAUUUGGAGAGGUGGAAAAGCCAGAACAGUGGAUGGGUUUUUCUUCUGAUUGGAAUUUACAUGUUUUAGAUGGACAUCUGUCGCUGUCUUAUGAUCAGGGAAGCAAUCUUGUGGAUGUUUGGGUGAUGGAGAAGGAUGGUGCUAAUGAAUCAUGGGCUAAAGUGCUUUCGAUCCUUAAUCUCAGUCAGCCUAGUGGUGAAAUUUUUUUGAAACCUGUUUUUCUGUCCAAGGAAGGUGAAAUUCUGUUUAAAUAUGGGCCAGUCAUAGCGCUUUACAGUACAAAGGAUAAUGCUUACAACUAUCCCCGGGUUACUAAUUUGGGAGAUCUUGCGCAAGUGGAGGUGUAUGUUGAAAGCUUACUUUCUCCAAAUGCUGUUGAUGGAGUAUGAAUGCACAGGGCUGGAGACCACUAAAAGGUGCUGAUGAUGAUCUGUUGAA